AUGAGAAACUGUACAAGAUCCAAUACAUUAUCAACAAGUAGUAAUAUUAAUACAAGAAAUACUCAAGACCGUAAAGAAGAAAAGGACGACGAACAAAUUGCUUUUCGUGAAAGCGUACAAAAAAAAUUAAAGGAAAUGGAAGAAGAUUUUCAACGAAGACAAAAUGAAACGUAUGAAGAAAGAUUAAACCAACUUAAUCAAGAUAUUAUUAAUGUUCGACAAGGAUCGAGUCCUAUUUUUAAAGAAGAACUUCAAAAAUUUAUUAAUAAACAUGAUGAAGAACUUGAGGAAGCUCAAAUGAAAAGAGAUUAUUACUUAAAAUGUAUUCAAAAAGAAUAUGAAGAAGAAAUUCAAAUUGUGGAAAAUUAUUACUCGAGAAAGAAAAAGGAAAUUGAUGAUGCUCUCGUAGGAGAUAUCGAAGCAAGAAAAAAAUUGCUUUUUGAAGAUAUCAAGACUUAUGAUCAAAUUAAUGAUGGUGAAUUGAAAGGACAUGUUUAUGCAAUUCCUGUAAGAAUUUUACGAAGUAAAACGAAAAUGACUUUGAAUUCUGAUACGCAAGAAAAAAAUAACAAAUCUAAAAGAUUACCUGAACGUCCUUUUGUAUCGGAAAAAUUAAAUGAUCACGAGGUUGAAAGAGAUCUCGCAAAAAUAUAUAUGGUCAGUUAA